AUGAAGGGAACGAAGAACAAAAGACAAAAGGGACGUAGAGCAAAGGACAAACGAGACGAAAGCCGGAGAACGAAGGGAACGAAGGACGAAGAAUCAAGUGUGAAGGGCAAUGGACGAAGGAGACGAAGAACGAAGGUUACGAAGGGGACGACAGUGACGAAAAACGAACGGGUCGAAAAACAAAGGGGACGAGGGGGACUAAAAGGACGAAAAGGACGAAAGUUUAGAAGGAUACGAAUGACCAAAAGGACGAAGGACGAGAGGAACGAAGGAUACGAAGGACGCAGGGGACUAAGAACAAAAAAAACAAAUGGAUGA